UUAUCGAUAGCGAGUGGUCCGUGCAUAAGAAAUAUACAUACAGAGUAUAAACUUAUGCGCUUGGCCCCUUAUAUGUAGUACUACGACGGAGUGGAGAACGAGUAAGAACCAUUCAGUCUUGAAGAAUGGAAUACGUAUUACGCACGGGUUGGUUAAAAAAAAAAGCAAUGAGGAGGUAUCACCGCACAUGACGAGCAUAACCCUAUCCCAGUAAGAACAUCUAUAAUGGGGCUUCCUUAGUCCGUCACUGGUAACGGCGAUUAUCCGCCAUGCAAAAUUGCUGGAAAAGACGGUCAUUGCAGAUACGAAACUUCAGCCGCUCGGCCACUAUUGCGGUGUCACACCGUUGACGCCCAAUAUCAGCGAGCUCCAGCUUUUCACGGGCCGAUUAUUGCGCCCUCCGUCCGAUGUCGAUGUGGCUGCGAGAGAGCUCAUGACCAAGAUUCAGGCAUCCGUGCUUCUUGUUACAUGUGGACAGGACGGUCUAAUUUGUAUAAAUUGGAGUCUCAACAAAAGACACACUUUCCGGGCCACGCAGAAAUAGUAGCUGGUGUCAGUGGUGCGGGAGAUACUGUGCUUGCCGUAUUCACCUGAGAUCUCACCAUCUGCAGAUCCUGUGUCCAUUAGGCCGCAAAGUUGUCCAACCACGCAGGCACUAUGGCCGUUGGUAAGAAGGGAAUCAGCACAAUUGAUGUGGAUGAACUACUUUGUGAUGGCCCGUUCAACCAAUUCGACAGGCCGAGGGCAUAUCCCGCACAAGCAUCGAACUCUCAAGCAACUGCUGCCCGAAAUUCAUGCUCCCUCAACGACCACAACCGGACCGAUAUUAUCGUCAUGGAUGACCUAACUGACGGAUCUAAAUUCACCAACCUUGCCGACUGCGAGAUUGCAGACUAUUUAGACAUUGGCGAAUUCCGCACGGUGAUUACUCAAGACUCGCUGUCUCCGCCUCCGGAUAUCAUCUUCCACAACGGCGCCUGUGCUGUGACAAUCGAGCAAAAUAGCAAAUUCAUGAUCGACCUUAAUUUCACCAUGUCGAAGGAAAUUCUACAUUACUGCCAGAAACAUAGGUCACGGCUGAUCUAUGCUUCGUCUGCGACGGUAUACGGAAAGAAUGCUUUCCCAAAGGCUGGCCAGCAGCUUCAGAAGCCUGUCCCGCUUAAUGUCUACGGCUACUCGAAGCUCCUUUUCGAUCAGUAUGUGGCGCGCCACGUGGAUGAAUAUAAAGGUCUUCAAGUCGUUGGAUUGCGCUAUUUUAAUGUCUAUGGGCCCCGAGAGCAACACAAGGGCCCGAUGGCGAGUAUUGCAUAUCAAAUGCAUCAACAACUCAAAGGAGGCUCGAAAAUCAAACUUUCCGGGGCAUAUGAUGGCUAUGCAGCUGGAAUGCAAAGUCGAGACUUUAUCUCUGUGCACGACAUUGUCAAGGUGAACUUGUGGUUCUUUGACCAUCCCUUCGUCUCUGGGACCUUCGAUGUGGGUACCGGUCGGUCUGAAACAUUCCUCGAGGUUGCAGAGGCCGUUUUAGAAGCACAUCGUGUCCAGGAUGCGAUCAGUUUUAUCCCGUUCCCCGGGUCUCUGAAAGGAAACUACCAGAACUAUACCUGUGAAAAUACAAAACAAACUACGGGAGGUGGGCUUUUGUGA